AUGAGCGACGACGACAGCGAUACCUGGAACCCGCUCGAGGACGACGACGACCCGUGCGACUGGACCGGCGACCUCGACCUCGACUCGGACCAACUCGACGACGACGACGUCGACGACGACGAGCUGGCACCUCUCGCCGAGUUCCGCCAGCUGUGGACCGAGCAGCUGUCGCAAGAGCAACAUCAAGGGCCGCAGCACACGCCAGCGCCCUCUGGUCCUCGUCCAGCUCGGCACUUCCAUCCCGUCCUGUCCAACCCGGACCUCGUCGACCUCAUCUGCGCACAUCCAGAGCUCAGCUUGCGCGACCUGCGCUCCCUCGCCCUCGUCGACACGGUCGUCGGCGCCGUCGCCCGCCGCCGCCUCUUCCGCACCGUCUCGAUCUCGACCCCGACCCGCGCCCACGAGUACCUCGCCCUCUCGCGCGCGUCGUCCCUCCCGCCGCCCUCGACCCUCGACGUCUCGCUCGCCGACUACCGCUCCAUCCUCGCCGAGACCGAGGCGUUCCAGGUCCUGGUCGCGUGGAAGGGCGUCAAGGAGGACCGACAGAACUUCGAGUGGUACUACGACGGCGCCGGCCGCUCGGUGCGGCGCCAGCCGUGGCUCAACGACCUGUACCGCAAACUAGGCGAGGACGCACCUCCCGAGCGACUCGAGGCGGCCAGGCGUGCGCAGCAGCGGGCCUGGGCGCGUCGAGUCAUCGAGGCGCCCCCGGCCGACAAGUGCGAGGCCGACCUGCCCGGCGGGCCGAUGCUCAAGGAGCAGGUCUGCGACAAGGUCGUCGGCAGCGUCUUCCAGACCUGGCCGUUCACGCCUCGCGCCGACGCGACGGCCGUCGGACCCGACCUCGCCGACCUCUUCCGCCUCUCGCAGAAGCGGCUCACCCUCAGCCACCCUCUCUCGCACUACGUCACGCCGCUCGCGCCCAUCCUCGCGUCCACCUCGACUCUCGAGCACCUGCACAUCGUCGGCGCCGAGUACGAGCACGGCGACACGGUCGACCCGUCGUUCUGCGGCGGCCCGUGCGUCGUCCAGGUCAACGCGAGCCACCGCGGCUUCGUCGGCGCGCCGAGCCGGCUCGUGUCGGUCGAGCUCGAGUCGCUGCAGCUCGCCGUGCUCGACGUUGCGAGUGCGGGCGACGCGAGCGGCGACGGCCAGGACGAGGGCGAGCGCGAGUGGGGGCCCGAGCGCGUGCACCUCGAGCACGUCGUCGCCCGCCCGCAGACGGCGACGGCUCGUGCGAGGCCACCGCCGCCGCUCCGCUUCUGGCGGUCGGAGGCCGACCAGUACAGUCACGACGACGAGCUAGAGCCCUUGCGCACCCGGUUCCUCUGCCUCGACCUGUUCACGUUCCUCGGUCGGCCGGCCCUCACCUCGCUCCGCCUCGUCGACGUGCACGGCGUCAUCCCGUCGACGAUCUACCUCGCCGUGCAGCGCAGCGGUGCCUCGCUGCGUCACCUCGAGCUCGUCGACGUCAACUCGAAGGCGACGGCGCAGGAGGGCUGGGACCGGCAGCCGUACGUGCCCAUCGUCAAGCACGUGUUCCGCAUUGCAUCCAGCGAUGCCUCGAGCUCGCCCUCCUCGCCCCUCGGCGCCUUCGCCACCGACUCGGCCGCCCUCGACGCCGUCAUUGCCGAGCGCACGCACCUCCCCUCUCCUCCCCUCGCACCUCUGCACCCCUCUCAGCGCACCCACGCCGCCUCGUCCCUCCCCUCCCUCUCGCUCGCGUCCGCCCUGCGCCACUGCACCUCUCUCCGCACCCUUCGCCUCACGUCCACGACUUUCGCCCUCCCGCCCGCCGAGCCGUCGUACCCGCCCGACCUCCUCGACGCGCUCCUCGCGGCGCACCCGCCGCUCGAGCUCCUCCUCUGGCGCGUCGGCGUACCUGACGGCCGCACGAGCGCCGGCGAGUGGGCCCGCUUUGCCGAGCGGCUCGAGUCGCUCUCGGGCGAGCUCGGGACGCUCGACGUCGGCGAGAGCGAGGUGUGGAUGGCGCUCAAGCGGCCGGCGCGUGGGUCGGGCGCGAGGGACGAGGCGUGCGGCGUCAUGUAG